GGCCCGGCUUGGCGCCUGCUUCUUGCUUUACCUCCCGUUCAGCUGUGGCUGCAGCUGCUGUGCUGACUCACGCGCCCCAGCCGCCGGCAGGAUCUGGGAGCAUGGUCUCCCCAGGGGCCGUGGUGGGCUGGGGGCUUCUGGAUUACAAAACGGAAAAGUAUGUGAGGACCCGGAACUGGCGGGUGGGCGCCUUGCAGAGGUUGCUGCAGCUGGGGGUCAUGGUCUACGUGGUGGGGUGGGCCCUUCUCGCCAAAAAAGGCUACCAGGAGCAGGACCUGGACCCUCAGAUUUCUGUCAUCACCAAACUCAAAGGGGUUUCCGUAACCCAGAUCAAGGAGCUGGGGAACCGGCUGUGGGAUGUGGCUGACUUCGUGAAGCCACCACAGGGAGAGAACGUGUUCUUCUUGGUGACCAAUUUCCUUGUGACGCCAGAACAAGUUCAGGGCAGAUGCCCAGAGCACCCCUCCAUCCCGCUGGCUAGCUGCUGGGCCGACCAGGACUGUCCUGAAGGGGAGACAGGGACCCACAGCCACGGCAUAAAAACGGGCCAGUGCGUAGUGUUCAACGGGACCCACAGGACCUGUGAGAUCCGGGGCUGGUGCCCAGUGGAGAGUGGUGCUGUGCCUGUGAAGCCCCUGCUGGUCCAGGCCGAGAACUUCACGCUGUUCAUCAAAAACACCGUCACCUUCAGCAAGUUUAACUUCUCCAAGUCCAAUGCCUUGGACACCCAGGACCCAACAUAUUUCAAGCGCUGCCGCUACGACCCGCGCUCCAGCCCCUCCUGCCCUGUGUUCCGCAUCAGGGACCUCAUGGCCGCAGCUGGAGGGGUCUUUGAGGACCUGGCGCUGCUGGGCGGUGCCAUGGGCAUCCACGUCCACUGGAACUGCGACCUGGACACCAGGGCCUCUGACUGCUGGCCCCACUACUCCUUCCAGCUGCAGGAGCGGAGCUACAACUUCAGGACGGCCACUCACUGGUGGGAGGCCUCGGGUGUGGAGGUCCGGAGUCUGCUAAAGCUCUACGGGAUCCGUUUUGACAUCCUCGUCACUGGGCGGGCAGGGAAGUUCGGGCUCAUCCCCACACUCAUCACUCUGGGCACAGGAGCAGCUUGGCUGGGCGUGAUCACUUUCCUGUGUGACCUGCUGCUGUUGUACGUGGAUGGAGAAGCUCAUUUCUACUGGAGGACCAAGUAUGAGGAGGCAAAAGCUCCAAAGGUGACCGCCAGCCCUGAGCAGACAAAACCAGCAUCUGCACCCCUGCAUCUGGCUGCCCAGGCUCCUUAGAGGGGCCCCAGCGCCUGUCCCAACAGCCAGGGCUGCUACCAGGAGCUGGACACCAAAGCCUUGGCCCUGGCGCCUGCUUGCUGGCCCAUUCCUGAGGCCUGUUCCCUGCUGUCAGGGGUCGGGGCUGGGAAGGGAGGGGCCUUGCCUUGGGAACCUCAUGGAUGGAGCCCCAGCAGGACCAGGGCAGGGAGUGGGAGAAUUCCAUCCUUCAACUCCCAGGCACACUGUCCCUACCCUGACUCUGGCCUCGGCAGGGUACUGCCCAGGGAGCAGCAGAAGCUACUAUUGCACAGAGACCUGCAGCGGAACAUGUCCCAGGCGCUGGUCACAAGGGCUCCAGCUGUGUCUGGAGAACUCUCUCCCAGCUCUGUCACCAGGGCUUCCAGCAGCGGCUCACUCACCAGUGGUCAGCACAGACCCUCCACUGGCUGUGCAGGCUCUAGCCCUCUCCCCUGGCAGCACCCCCAUUGUAGGUAGAGCCCCCACCCUCUCAGCGCCGUUCCAGGGUCUGUGCUGCCGUAGUCUAGGGCAGGGUAGAAAGAGGUCUGACAAGAGGGCUGGCUGUCUCUGUUGUUCUGGUGCUGGGUACCUGGGUCUUGUCCCCACCCAGUUUGGGGGGGUCAUCCAUGGAAUUCAGACUGGGGCAGGCAGAUGAUCCAACCCACUAGGACCUGGCAAUGGCGCAUGCACCAGCCCUUCCCGGUGGCAGCCCUCAGACUGUGGAGGGCUGGGAUUGGGAGAAGAGGAUGGAGAAGCUGAGUUGGUGGUCAUUGGGUCCUUUGGGACCGUCUGUGUGCUCCUUGGUGACACCCAGCUCAACCUCCUGGAACUGUGGGGGUGGGGAGAAUGUAUAUCUGGAAUUCACUGCUACCCAAGGUCACACGCCUAAGAACCAGCCCGAGGCAACUGCUCGAAGGAGGCCCUGUCCUUCGCUUCGGGUGGAGCCCAGUGGCCAGAAGGAAUGCCCCAAACAAAUUCCAGAGGCCCCGGCAGGCUGGCCUGGAUCUGGCUGUGACGUCCUCACAGGGUGUGAGUCCUGCCCGCUGGAGAACUCCCCAUGCGCCAGGGAGCCUACAGCUGGGAGGGAGGGACUGGCUGCAGGGGUCUGACCCUGUCUUGGCCCCAGGGGAGCGGCAGGGGUUUGGGAGUGCCCACCUGGGAGGCGAGGGGCUGCUUUCUCAUGGGGCCCGGUGACUAGGCAUGCUGGCCGCUUGCCGGGGCAGUGACAUGGGCCAGCUGGGGAGGGCAGGGUUGGGGUUCAGGCUGGGCUAGCAUCUGGAACCAUCUGGCAUCUGGAGCCUCAGCAAAGCCUUGGGGUCCCUGAUGCCUCGCAAUCCCCAGAGCAGUGUCUCUGGGGAGGCAGGCCACAAAGGUCAGGGUGAGAGAACAUGGCCCUGAGAUCUUUACCGGGGUGGGGUCCCAUGUAUGGGGCCCAAAGAAAGCUGAUGUAUGGCUUCAGGGUCCAGGAGUAAAGCCUGUCGACAGCA